AAGAUUGAAGAAACAUUCAGAGUCAAACAGGAAGAUCUGCAGGAACAAACAGACCUAAUUAAAGACUAUGAGGAGAGUAAAGAGGAACAUCGUGUCAAAAUUGAGGGCAAAACUCAUUUAGAGACUGAUGGUAUUUUAAAAAUGAGAGACAAGAGUUGUUUUACCUGCACUCAGUGUGGAAAGAGUUUGGCAAACAAAAGCAAACUAAAGAUUCACAUGAGGAUCCACACUGGAGAGAGACCAUUCACAUGCACUCAGUGUGGGAAGAGUUUCUGCCACUUAGCAAACCUUAAUCAACACAUGAUGAUCCACACUGGAGAGAAACCAUUCACAUGCACUCAGUGUGGGAAGAGUUUCAGCCACUCAGCAAACCUUAAUCAACACAUGAUGAUCCACACUGGAGAGAAACCAUUCACAUGCCACCAGUGUGGGAAGAGUUUCAGCAAAUCAUCAACGCUUUACAGGCACAUGAGGAUCCACACCGGAGAACAACCAUUCACAUGCACUCAGUGUGGGAAGAGUUUCAACCAACCAUCAAACCUUUAUCUACACAUGAGGAUCCACACUGGAGAAAAACCAUUCACUUGCACUCAGUGUGGGAAGAAUUUCAUCCACUCAUCACACCUUAAUGAACACAUGAUGAUCCACACUGGAGAGAAACCAUUCACAUGCACUCAGUGUGGGAGGAGUUUCAGCUUAUCAUCAACGCUUAAUAGACAUAUGAGGAUCCACACCGGAGAGAAACCAUUCACAUGCACUCAGUGUGGGAAGAGUUUCAGCCAAUCAGCAUCCCUUAAUCGACACAUGAGGAUCCACACUGGAGAGAGUCCAUUCACAUGCACUCAGUGUGGGAAGAGUUUCAGCCUAUCCUCAUACCUAAAUAAACACCUUAGGAUCCACACUGGAGAGAAACCAUUUACAUGCACUCGUUGUGGGAAAAGUUUCAGGCACUCAUCACACCUUAAUCAACACAUGAUGAUCCACAAUAGAGAGAAACCAUUCACAUGCACUUGUUGUGGGAAAAGUUUCAGGCACUCAUCAUCCCUUAAUCAACACAUGAUGAUCCACACUGGAGAGAAACCAUUCACAUGCACUCAGUGUGGGAAGAGUUUCAGCCUAUCAUCAUACUUUAAAAGACACAUGAAGAUCCACACUGGUGUGAGAGACUAUAUGUGCUUG